CACUCACGCCUCACCUACAUCACUGUCGUUUUGUUUCUUUCCUCUGCCCCUUUAUUUUAUGUUCGUCCAAUGGAUGACGGCCAUGUGUGCAUCUUCAGGAGCCCGAAAAGUCAGACGCUUGACAUUGCCGGACAUUUGUCAUCCCACCUCACCCCACUUACUGGAAACCUCUCUCUCUCUCUCUCUCUCUGAAAUCCCUUUUUAGAGCUACUGCUGUUGCUAUUCAAAAACAAGAACUCUAGGGUUUCAUGCAACUGAAGAGUACAGGAGCUCCAGCUCUGCUAAAUUUCUUUCCGCUAUUGAUGAUAGGGCACUCGGAGUGACAGUUAGAGAUAUAAACUAUUCUUGUCAUGGAUCAGACAGAACAAACACAGCAGCAGCAGCAGCAAGUAGUCGGGGUUGUGGCUGGCACAAACCAAAUGGCAUACGCCCCUCCAUUUCCAACUGCUCCAGUAGUCGCUUCUGGCACUCCUGCUGUAACAAUACCUUCGCCGACUCAGGCACCCAGUACUUUCCCUGGCUCUCCUCAUCAGCUUGCAUACCAACAAGCCCAACACUUCCAUCACCAACAGCAUCAGCAGCAGCAGCAACAGCUUCAAAUGUUCUGGGCGGGUCAGAUGCAAGAAAUUGAGCAAACUCAGGACUUCAAGAAUCACAGCCUUCCGCUUGCCAGAAUCAAGAAAAUAAUGAAAGCUGAUGAAGAUGUACGAAUGAUCUCUGCUGAGGCUCCAGUCAUAUUUGCAAAAGCUUGUGAGAUGUUCAUCUUGGAGCUGACUUUGCGUUCUUGGAUUCACACAGAAGAAAACAAACGGAGGACACUGCAAAAGAACGAUAUAGCAGCUGCCAUCUCCAGGACGGAUGUGUUUGAUUUCUUGGUCGACAUAAUUCCAAGAGAUGAGUUAAAGGAGGAAGGGCUAGGAGUUACUAAAGCUACCAUUCCUGUGGUUGGCUCUCCGGCUGAUAUUCCAUAUUAUUAUGUCCCACCACAACACCCCAUGGGACACCCAGGUAUGAUCAUGGCAAAGCCUGCUGAUCAAGCAGCACUUUAUGCUGCCCAGCAGCCUCGACCGCUGGUGUCUUUCGUGCCAUGGCCACAUGCUCAAUCUCAGCAAACUCAAGACGAUCAGCAGACGAAUUCUUGACUUGGGGUCAUGCAAUUUCUAUCGCAGCUUCUUAGUAUUAAUGGAGUUCCUUUGCAUGUAAUUGAGAGGUAGCAAUUGUCUCGGAUUGCAGAGUACUGAAAUUUGAUGCGAUUGUAACUUGUUUGGAUUUUGUAAUAGCUCCUACAUUAAUAUCUUUGGCGUGAGGUUGUUUUAACCGCACAUUA